UAAUUCUUUUUUUUUUUUUAAUAUCUCUCUCUAGUUGUUAGCUCUUUCAUUCUUUAUCUCUUUAGCUCUUGCCCAUACUUCUCUUUGCUGUCUCCUAUUUUCUAUUAAAAUUAUUUUGAAAGUUUGAUUUUGUUUUUAAAAAAAUUGGUUUUUUUUGGGGUAAUUAAUGAACUAAUUUGUACUGUUUGUAAUUUUUUUUGUUGGGGUAUUGGUUGCGUUUUGAUCUUUGCUGCGUACUUUCAAUUAUUUUGGUCUGUUAAAUUUGUUGGGUUUCAUUUUCUGGAUCAAAAAGCUCAUGUUUUCUUUAGCUCAGAUCUUCAACUUCCUAGUUGGUGAAAACUGAGAUUUUCUUGAACACAACGAAAUGUUAGAUUUUAGCAACACUAAAAGUACAAAAAGGAAGUUUUGAUUAUUAGAUUCCAUUUUUAUUUGCUUUCCUUUUAUGUUCAUGUUUUUUGGAUUGUUUUUCUUAGUUAAAACUGAUGAAAAGAAGUUCCUGUUUUUGUCUGACUUGAUUCGGGGUUUUUAUGGUGUUAUUGAGAAGUGAACUUCCCAAAUUUAGAAAAAAUAUAGCACUUCAAUUUGCAUUGGAUUUUAUUUAUUUUGCUUUCCUUGAAGUAUAGGAGCAAGGGACUAUCUUUUUUUGGGACCAAAUCCUUUGACACUGUUUUAUCCAGAUUUUAAUGGGGACUAACAUGAACUUCAAGAACGUUGGAAUUAACCCACCGCCGUUAGCUGACGGUGGCGGGAAUAAACCGCAACCGCCGGGGAAUAUUCAGUUAAUUAGACAGCCAUCAAUCUAUUCUCUAACCUUUGAUGAGUUUCAAAGCACUAUCGGUGGAAUGGGCAAAGACUUUGGGUCAAUGAACAUGGAUGAGUUGUUGAAGAACAUUUGGAGUGCUGAAGAGACUCAAACAAUGGCUUCUUCCAGUGGUGGCCUAGAAGGAAAUGGAGGGUUACAAAGGCAAGGGUCUUUGACUUUGCCAAGGACACUUAGCCAGAAAACUGUUGAUGAAGUUUGGAAAGAUAUAGCGAAGGAGUAUUCAAUAGGGAAAGAUGGGAUUGGAACUGGAGGGACAAACAAUAUGCCUCAAAGGCAGCAGACUUUAGGGGAGAUGACCUUAGAGGAGUUCUUGGUGAGGGCUGGUGUGGUAAGAGAGGAUACCCCAUUGGUUGGGAAGGUUAAUAAUGGGGGAUUCUUUGGGGAGUUACCGCCGUCCGGGACUAAUACUGGGUUUGGAAUUGGGUUUCAACAAGGUGGUAGAGGUGCAAAUUUGAUGGGGAAUAGGAUUUCUGAAAGUGGUAAUCAAAUUGGUAUUCAGGCUUCCAAUUUGCCUUUGAACGUUAAUGGAGUUAGAUCAAACCAGCACCAGUUGGCUCAGCAGCAACAGCAGCACCAGCAAUACCAGCAACCAAUUUUUCCCAAGCAACCUGCUGUGGGAUAUGGAGCUCAGAUACCUUUACAAAGCGGUGGUCAGUUAGGGAGUCCUGGAGUUAGGGGUGGAAUUGCUGGGAUUGGGGAUCAGGGACUAAGUAAUGGUCUUAUUCAGGGUGGUGCAGUGCAAGGUGGAGGGAUGGGUAUGGUUGGUUUAGGAGGGCCAGUCAGUGUUGCAACUGGAUCACCUGCUAACCAGCUUUCAUCAGAUGGGAUUGGGAAGAGUAGUGGGGAUACUUCCUCAGUUUCACCAGCUCCUUACGUGUUUAAUGGAAGUUUGAGGGGUAGAAAAUGCAGUGCCGUGGAAAAGGUUGUAGAGAGGAGGCAGAGGAGAAUGAUAAAAAACAGAGAAUCAGCUGCAAGAUCACGAGCUCGCAAGCAGGCUUAUACAAUGGAAUUGGAAGCAGAAGUUGCAAAGCUAAAAGACGAGAACCAAGAAUUGCGGAAGAAACAUGAAGAAAUCAUGGAAAUGCAGAAAAAUCAGGUCAUGGAGACGAUGAAUAUGCAACAGGGAGCUAAGAAGCGAUGCUUGCGAAGAACGCAGACGGGUCCAUGGUGAAGUAAAAAGGGUUGGAGUUGGGAUUCUUGGUUAAAUCAUGUAUGGCAAUGGCAGGCGGUGGUUGUACAUAUUUUAAGUCAAGGGUAGCUGUUCUUCCUUUAGAGUUGGAGAGACGAACGAGUGCGGUGUAGAUUAAGAAUCUUGCCAAUAUUUGUAAUUUUUCUCUGCUUCUUUUGUGGACAUCAUCAUGGCUCUAAGUUAGUUACACCAUAUAUGUAGAUUUCAAGAGCUUCCCCGACCUUGAGUUUAUUAUUAUUAGUACCACGUAGAUUAAAUCCUCCAAUAUUUUGUAAACGAAUAUCUGCCUCUGUUUA